AAACCAAGGGUUUUCAAGUCACAUUUUAACAGAGAACAAUAGAUAAAAAUGGCGAUGGCGAGCGUGAAAUCUGGUCUCGUUCGAGCAGCCCUUCGCGGCUGCUCUCGCCCUACUGCUUCUCCCAAGCGGGGCUUCUCUUCCUCUUCUCAGCACGACGAUGCUUAUGAAACGGCAAAAUGGGAGAAGAUAACAUAUUUGGGUAUCGCUACAUGCACUAUUUUAGGCAUUUAUAAUCUAUCAAAAGGCCAUCCCCACCAUGAAGAGCCUCCUGCGUACCCAUAUUUGCACAUUCGCAACAAGGAGUUCCCUUGGGGACCUGAUGGCCUUUUUGAGGUGAAGGAGCAUCACUAGGACAAGAGAUGGUCCGGUUGACGUAUAUUUUCCCAAGCUUAUAACAUUUUUUAUGAUUUUUUCUGAGAAAUCAAUCAAAUAACUGUGGAUCUUUUCAUGUAAUUUUUAACAAGUUCAUCAGGUUUUCUAUAUGGGUGUGCCCAACAUUACUCUAUUUCUGAUUAAUAAGAUUAAUGAACUGUUUGUGGAUCAUUUCCUUUUCAGUUUUCACCUCA